CUCUCUGCUCUCUCUGCUUUUCUGUUCACUCAGACUCAAUGGGGCUCUAGCAUUAGGGGUUUCGAGCUGUAAAACUGCAUAUUUAUUACCCGUUCCCUUCUUUCUAUUUAAGUUUUGUACAUAGCACAGAUAACUUCUCGAAGAGCAAGUCCUACCAAACCGGUCAAAAAGCUUGGGAACUAUGGAUAUUCGGAAGAAGCGGAGACCGUGGCGCAUGGAGACCUCGUUCGUGCUCCUCCUGUGUCUUUCUCUGGGACACGCAGAUCCAGUCGAUGUUUUGCGGGUGCUGCAGUUGCCUUCCCUCCCUGAAGGUGUGCAGAAGGUCCCGGGUUUCUGCACCUCCCGCCGGUCCGGCACUCCUGAUCAUGCCUACCGCAUCACUAAGAAAGCCCAGAUCUCUGCCCCCACCAAACAACUAUUCUCAAGACGUUUCCCGGAGAAUUUCUCCAUCAUGACUCUGGUAAAGGCCAAGGCUGGUCUUCAGGCCUUCUUGCUGUCCAUCUACAAUGAGCAAGGUGUACAGCAGCUCGGUCUAGAGUUGGGACGCUCGCCCAUCUUCCUGUAUGAGGACCAGAAUCGCAAACCCGCCCCAGAGGACUACCCACUGUUCAAAGGGGUCAACCUGGCUGACGGCAAGUGGCACCGCAUUGCCAUUUCUGUGCAGAAGAAGAACAUCACUCUGAUCCUUGACUGCAAGAAUCGUAUUACAAAAACUCUGCCACGUAGCAACAACCCAGUCUUGGACACCAAGGGCAUCACUGUCUUUGGAGCCCGUCUCCUGGAUGAGGAGGUCUUCCAGUACUUUGAUGAAGAGCGGGAUGAUUAUGAAUCCCCCUAUUAUUAUGAAGGAACUACGAGUGUCCCUCCCUCCGUCCCAGCCGUGGACCCCACCAAAGAGGUAAAGAGGGAGAGCGAAAGUGGAGUGAAUCAGAAAAGAGAGUUGGAGAAAGAGAUGGAGA